AAUGAGCUAAAAUGACUGUGUCACACAGCAACAGACAGAGAACACAACACUUGUGUCCCUGGUCCCAAACGUAAACUCUUCGGAAAAUGCCGUAAAAUAGCUUAACUAACGCAUCAAACUGACGCUUAAAAAUGUUAAAACGAAUGCUGAAUAUCCAAGGAAUAGGAGAGAGGGCGGAAAGAGGCGAUGCUCCUGCACAAGCAAUUUUACAAGCUAAUUCCCGAGCCCAAGCGUUAAGAAAAGCCACCGAAACACAAGAAGAGCUGACAAAGAUCAGAGAACGAGUCACACGGACUCUCGAUACGUAUGAUUUGAGCGAGAAAUUAUCCGCCGGGGUCGACAAAGCCGAAGUAGAGCGAAUUACAGAUGAGUUUCUUCGACAGCAAGCGACUUUAGAAUUCGUCGAUGACAUGACCCAGUUAAUGGUUAUCCUUGGUGAUCCUGUUGCAAAAAGAAAGUACCAGCAGCAUGUGACUGUUUUUAUUGUUGGAUAUGAAAACUUGUGUGGAAGGAGAGCAAAGCUGUUGGCUCAGCUGCAAGAAUUCUUUACCCAGAACAUGGCUGAUGAUGAUAAGUUUGAGCUUGAGCCCAUUGAGUUUGACCUGGAGGAUGUUGGGGAGCAAGUCAGGGAGGCCUUGAAGAGGGCGGAGGAUGCCACUGAAAGACUGGCUUUGGUUUCCAAAGAUGUAAUGAAAGCUCUUGAGCUUGCCAACCCUAAGGAAACAAAGAAGGGUAAAAAGAAAUUGGAAAAAUCAUUGCAACAGUCACAUCAGGAUAUAAUGUCCCUUACAGAGAAGCUGUUAAAACUUCAAAAUGACCUAGAUGAAAAUGAAAAUAAGCUAGGGCAGAUGCAGAAGUCAAUGGAAAUGAAGCAAGUUGAGAUCCAAAGGUUGAAAGUACAAGCUGACAACGGGAAAAAAGCUUCAGACUUGGCUAAUGAGCUAAAGGCUGAGUUAGCAGCUAAAGAUCUGGAGCUGCAGCAACAUUUAAAGGCCAUGAAUGAAAUGGAGCUAAACAUAGCUCAGAUAGAGGACAAGCAAGACAGAGACUUUGAACGACAAAAGAAAAUCAAGGAAGAAAACCAGAGAGAGAAGGAGGAAUAUGAACAGAAGAUACGAGACCUUCAGCAGUAUGUGGAGAGUGUCCGCACAGAGAUGCAGCAGCAUUACGACAGCGAGUUGAAAAAGGUCCGCCAUGAACACGAGAUGACCCUGUACUACUUGAACCAAGACCACGAGACCGCACUCAAGAGAAAGGAGAGAGUUAUAGAAACAGCCAAGAAGAAGAACGAAGAGCUCAAGUCCGAGCUGUCGGCGGCGUCCGAUUCCAGUAAACGCAACUCCCUUACCACAGGGAGCCCACUCAGCAAGAGAGGCUCGCUAUUCUCUCCUGAUACCGGAAGUGACGUGGAAUUUGAGUCGAGUCGCCUGUCUCUCAAGUCUUCUGCACAAAGUGUCAGGAUGAUGUUGAGCAAGAGUGGGUCCGCGACCGACACCACCCCGGUGCAGUCCCCUCUUUCAAGACAGGCCUCUAAGGAAGCCUCGGCUCAGGCCACUUCUACUGAAAGUGCCGCUGCGGAGACUCGGGCCGAGUCUGUCAAGGGUGAGAGAACAAGGAGUGACCUAAAAGACAGAAAGUACAAAACACCGGAAGUGAAAUCAGGCCGGAAGUCAAGGUCACCUCAGAAACUUAAAGUAAAGGUAAAGACUCCGGAGGAACAGCUUGCGGAAGAACAGGCACAGAAAGCACAGGGUGACCAAGCAACAAAAGAAACACUUGAGACGUCCGAGGCAGGCAUCCAAAGCGAAGGCGACGCCCCUGAAGAGUCCGCUGACCAGGCCCCUCCGAGACCUCCCAUACAGCGCACUUCCACACUGAUGACACUUCCCGAGUUGGAGCCUGGUGAUGAGGCUGAGGAUGACGUAGACUGGGCGAUCCUUUCCCCUGAGGAUUUGUUGGCUCGAGCAGAGAUAUACAAAGCCAAGAGCCUUGCUAAGCGAGAAAAGCUUGAAAGCGACCUGGCCGAGUGGAAGACUAGGUACCUGAAAAAGACCGAUUCACUCCGAAAAGAACUCGCCGAGAAUCAAGGAAAGUACGCAGAAGAGAGGAACGACUUGUUGAACCGCGUCCAAGAGGCAGAAGCACUCAAGGAACAAGCGAAACACGAGGCUGAGCAGGCCGUCCUUCAAUUGGAGGAUUUUCUAGCCGAGCAGGAGGAAAUGCGGCAGCUUCAGCAGCGAAAAGAACUCGAUAAACACGAAGAAAUGACGAUGACAGGACUAUCGCUAGACAGUGGUACACACAGCCCCGACAAACAAGAGCGUGACACAAUGACGGGCAUGUCCCUCGAGUCAAAGCAGGCCCUCCAAUCUGACAGCCACCACUCGUUCAUGAGUCGCGGAGUGAGUCCAUUUCCGAUCAUGGAGUCUAGUACCCAGGAAGACACUGUAGGAGAGGACCACCACGAGAGCAGGGGCAUCAGCCCGCGGGAUAGCGGCUUCGAGGGCGCGGGAUCCAGCGCGAGAUUCGAGUCACGACCCGGGUCGGGUUCUAACCAUGUCAUCGUGCAAACACCGAAAGUCGAGGUCGCGACCGAUGCCCAGAGCAUCCAAACAGACCCGACCCCAGUCUCUCGCUCAUCAACGCUAACCGCGCCACGAAGGGAACUAGUGAUGAGCGCGCGCGCUCGUCGGCGAUUGGUCAGCUCGGCCCUACGGGACCACCCCGUAGCGUCUGAGAGUCUUCGCACGUACGACUCCGUGAUGCGCUUCAAGGAUAGCGUGACACGGUGGCUUGACAGAGAGGGGGUGACGGAAGGCGCGGACGAGCUCAAGGGACUGGACAUGACUGUCAUUAACAGGGAGGACUUGGCCCAAGUUAUUGAGCGACUACCAGAGAUCAGAUACAGCAUAGGCCAGGUACUUGAGAAGGUGGACGACAUCCUGGCUAGCCAGAGCCUUAGACGCGAGGUGACAUUCGCACCUUCCACCAGGACCGAGGGCGAGAGCACCUUCCACGAGCUCACCGGGAUCCGUGACACCGCUGAGAGCGAGGAGAGGGGCUCCAGCCCUGCAGACGAACCUUCCAGGGACAAGUCAGACAUCCAAUCGAGCUACGUGAAGCUGCUUAAGGAGUACAAUGACCUGGCGGAGGGGUACGAGUCACUGAGGCGGCACAUGGACGAGGAAACCAAGUUCCACCAGGAGCAGACCAGCCAGAACGCCGCCCUCAUGGCGGAAAUGCAGGAUACUAUCAACCAGCUGAGGCUGCAGCUAGCGGAUGCCAUGGCGGGACGGACGGGGUCGCCAGCGCGUGCAAGCUCGUCAAUCAUGUUCUCGCGCCUAGACGCUGAACGCAACGCCAAGAUUCUGACGCGAGCCAUGAACGAGCGACGCAUACAACAGGAGAACGUGACAGACGUGGUCAAUACUAUGUCUGACUACGUUAGCUUGCCCGCCAAGAGGCUAGCGCACAUGGUACGGCGAUACAGCCACCACCGCGCCAUGCAGGAGAUAGAAGAGGAGCUGAAAAAGAGCAGCGGGAGCCUGAGCGAUAACGUGCUACACACACUCGAGAGAAUGGAGGUGCUACAGAACGACCGCGCGCGGAGGUGGGGUGACAAGAUGGACGAGAUGGCGGACACGCGUGAACGACUCGCGCAACUCAUGAUGGAGACUUUCCAGCGACUUGAGAGCGAUACCGGCAUCUUUCUUAUCAAGCCCGUCCUCUCCUACCAGGGCAGGUCUGACCCACCUGGCGGAUACAUGUUGAGCCAGAAAAAGCCGUCUAUCAACUCGUACCGGCCUCCCGCAAACUCGGUGGGCCCAGCAACCCCGGCGCCCACGCCAUGGCUUAACAAGAGUAAGUCUACGACCUCGGUACCCCGGAUGUAUCGAGAGAUGACCAACUCGUCCAUACAGGCGUCACGUCAGCUCGAAAAUGGCGCCAUGGACAUGGACGUGUCGAGGCCUGGGGUCGACAGUCUCUAUCAAGGGAGCGCAUGGCAGGUCUCGCGUUCACAGGUGAAUGGCGACUCCCCGAGCAACCCUGGCAACCUCGCCCUGUCCACGCCCAAGAUUCUUGAACUGGACGUCAACCGGAUGAUGUUGGGACAGACACACGCCAGCACUGCAUUCAUUGGUUCAGUGUCGGGCGAUGUUCCCAGCUCCCUUGUGCGUACCUAUGUGACGGUGGAGCGGCCCUCUGGCAGCAAGCAAAUCAAGAAAGCAAAGCGCUCGUCGAGUACAGACACAAGCUCCAUCAUCUUCCAGUCCCCGCCGUGCUCGCCCAACGAUCCCAGGAUUCCCCGCGUACGAAGCAGCCCCUCUAAUAUCCUGCAGUACUCCCCGCUUCCUCCAAUACGUAUGCCCGACCUUCGCCAAGUCUCAAGGUUAAGCAAAUCCGCCAAAAGCUACCCUGAGAGCGAGGCUGUGUCGCAGUCGGUCCCAGGCAGUCCGGACUUCAACGACCGCAUCGGUCAAGCAAGUCCGAGUAGAGAGGAGUCUGGAGACAGGAUCUCGCUAUCCCCAGAUGUCGUGCCGGUUCGAUAGCCUUCGUGUGUAAUGAAAUAAGAGCGGAGUGUCGUGCCGGUUCGAUAGCCUUCGUGCGUAAUGAAAUAAGAGCGGAGUGUCGUGCCGGUUCGAUAGCCUUCGUGUGUAAUGAAAUAAGAGCGGAGAAAAAGAAUCUCAAUUUGGCCCCUACAGAAGAUAUACUUUUUAUUUGGGGUAACACUUAAUUUCUGAACAAAUAAUUUACACGUGGCCCUCUGGGAAAACAAGAAUAAAUAAAAUGGUAUUUAGGUGAA